AACAUUCAAGGUAGCAGCCACAGUUAGCCUCAGCUUCAAGACCUCAAGAAUAUCAGCAAUGGCCUCCAGACCCACCGUUAACGUCCGUUCCACCUCGGGAGAGGCUUCGACCUCUCUUCCUCUCCCUGCGGUUUUGACCGCUCCCAUCAGGCUCGAUGUAGUUGCACAAGUACACAAGAGCAUCGCUAAGAACAGGAGACAGGCCUAUGCCGUCAGCGAAAAGGCUGGUCACCAAACUAGUGCUGAAUCUUGGGGUACCGGUCGUGCCGUCGCUCGUAUUCCCCGUGUUGGUGGUGGAGGAACUCACCGCUCUGGCCAGGCUGCCUUUGGUAACAUGUGCCGUGGUGGUCGUAUGUUCGCACCUACUAAGACUUGGCGUAAAUGGCACGUCAAGGUCAACCAGAACCAGCGCCGCUUUGCUGUCGUCUCUGCUCUCGCUGCAUCUGCUCUCCCUUCCCUUGUCCUUGCUCGUGGUCACCGCAUCGAGGAGAUCGAAGAAGUUCCCCUUGUCGUUUCUUCCGCCGUCGAGUCCCUCGUAAAAACCAAAGAGGCUGUUGCCGUGUUGAAGAGCCUUAAGGCUUACAGUGAUGUCAGCAAGGUGUCCAACUCUCGCAAACUCCGUGCUGGCAAGGGUAAGAUGCGCAACCGCAGAUACCGCCAACGUCGUGGUCCUCUCGUCGUUUUCAACGAAGACAAGGGUAUCGUCAAGGCGUUCCGUAACUUGCCUGGUGUUGAGCUCGUCAACGUCCGUCGUCUUAACCUCCUCCAAUUGGCCCCUGGUGGUCACUUGGGUCGCUUCGUCAUCUGGACCGAGGGUGCUUUCGGACUUCUUGAUGAAGUGUUUGGCACUUUCGAAAAGGCCUCGUUGUACAAGAAAGACUACCUUUUGCCUACUGCUAAGAUUACCAACCCUGAUGUUACGCGCCUGAUCAACAGCACUGAAAUCCAGUCUGUUGUUCGUCCCGCUAACGCCAAGAUUCAAAAGCGUCCAUGGACGCAGAAGAAGAACCCUCUCGUCAACAAGGCUGUUCUCUUCCGCUUGAACCCUUACGCGAAGACUCUGCGCAGGCAAGAGCUCCUCAAGCAGGAGCGUAUCAAGGCCAAAAAGGAGAACGGAACUGGCAAGAAGCCCAAGCCCACCCGUGCUGCUGGGGAGGCCUUCUUAAGCAGUCUUUUCGCUCCCUAAAUUUGUUGAGCGGUGGAAUGACUUACACGUCCAUGUUAUGCAUCAUUUGGAGUAGUUAUGAUUUACGUCUGUUGUUCGCAUGUUAUAUGCCCUCAUGCUCUAAAAAAAUCAAUGGUGCAUUCGUGCUAAAGGAUU